AAGAUAUUAAGCAGAGACGAGAUUCAAAUAGAGAAAUAUGUCUUUAUACUCUAGGGAACCUGAAGGGAGAGAGACAGACACCAUCUCUAAAGUAGGACGCUGAAAUAAACUUCUAUUCCUUUCUUCUUAAUUUCUAAUCCAUACCAUAGUUACCAUUAAUUGAGUCGUAUUAAGGAGGUUUAGAGAGUGCAUGGUUUUGCGGUAUGUGACGGUUUCCAAUGGGAGCCUUAUGUUAUCUCUUCUGACAGAUCUAUCUGAAGAUCUCCCGGGUGUUUAGUAACCAUUCACACAAACACUAGCGACCACUUCGUCUCUAAGUCUGCCAGCGGGAAGACACGGUUUAGGGGGAUGGAGUGAUUUGUGCACAUCAUCAAAAUGAUGACGGAAACGAAAACCCCGGAUACGGCCAGAAGCUUUACGAUUACAUAUACCCCUCGAGUGUCAAAAACUGGAGGGAUUCUGGCUCAACUGUGCAUGAGAUGUGGAGGAUACAGCGCCUCUAAUCACGACUACUGCAUUCAGUGUGUGGAGAAUCUUAAAAAGACAUGUUGUCAUAAUAGAAAUUAUGACAUAAAACGGAAGCCGGAAAAAAGAAGAGAAAACAGAAAAGAUGACAAGAAAGACCACAAAAGCAGAUUCUGUAUUGGGUGCAAAAUGUCUGACGUCGGGACAGCCGGAACUCUCUGUUUAAUCUGUGUGGCCAAGAGAAGAGAGAAAGAAAGGCAGAAGAACAUACACCGACAGGACUACAGGGACGGCAAUUUUGGGACUGGAGACCUCAUCAAAUCCUACUCAGCGCCUCCCAAAAACGAUUCAUGGAAAAAAGACUGGCGCUGUAAUGUGUGCCUACAGCGGGUACGACCUGAGAAAAAACCCACCUGUUAUGGCUGCGAAAUUAAGCAGAUGUUGCUGGCCAGGAAACAGAAUGUAGAUGAAAUGCAAAGAGAACUUUACCGUUAUAGACACGAGGCUGUUGGUGUCAAGGAUGAAUUUGUCUCCUUCGAACCACAGGAUGGCGACAACGCUAAAUGGGAAAUUUCAUUCCAAGCCAGAAAAAAGUCCUUGGAGGAAAUAAAGAAAUCCGUUGGUCAAAUGUCUCCCUCCAGACGACAAGACGCUGACACCCAGAGAGAGGUCAAACAAUACAUCGAUGAACUGAUUACCAUUUGCCAAAAUCACUAUGAGAGCAAAAUACAAAAGUCCUCAGAAAAUCAGAAGUCAGUAGUGGAUGAAUCGGAUCAGAAUUCAGUAACGGAUGAAUCGGAUCCAAAAUAGGAACGCUCUGCAGUACCAGACUAUAAUAGAAGAAGCCGAGUACAAACAACGGAAUCACGUGGCAUUUAAAAAAAAAAUGUACAUUGUACUUUGUUGUAGAUUUGCAUACCAGCAUAUUAUAUUUAUUCAUAGAAAAUAAGUUACCUGUGUAAAAUUCAUAAAUUCCUUUUUUCCCCUUUUAGCUCAAGUGCGUUUUCUGAUCAAGAUUUGUCCGUUGUCGGCGGGGUUAUAAACUUUUCCCAAUUUCAUCUUCUCCAGAACCAAACUUGUCAGCAGGCAUCCAUGGGUGAAAAGGAUUCAAUUUUAUUUAAAUGAAGGGGCAAGGGUAAUCAAGAAAAGGCAACAACUAGAGAGAGUAAUUUAAAUAUCUUCUUCUUAAGAACCACUGGACCAAAAAAGACGAAACUGAGGAUGACAAUGAAGAUUUACGUUUGUCUAAACCAUGACCCCCAGGGGUAGGGUGGGGCUACAGUAGGGGGUUAAAGUUUUAUAUGGGGACAUAGGAAAAAUCUUUAAAAAUCUUCUCAAUAACAACAAGGCUAUACUGAAUAUUGUUUAACGGGACGUAUCGAGAAUAUUUCACUCAUAUGGAGAUGUCACCACUUCCGGGGAAGGGCUGCAAAAUUUAGGCCUAUGCUCGGCGCUUAUGGCCAUUGAGCAGGGAGGGAUCUUUAUCGUGCCACACCUGCUGUGACACGGGACCUCGGUUUUUGCGGUCUCAUCCGAAGGAACGCCCCAUUUAGUCGCCUCCUACGAAAAGCAAGGGGGUACUGAGGACCUAUUCUGACUCGAAUCCCCAUGGGAUUAACAAGGCUGCAAGCAUCGUUAGGAUGUGCAAAUUCAAAUUUGUUCAAUUUGUGGCCCUCAGGGGUAGGGUAGGGCCACAAUAUAGGAAUCAAAGUUUUACACUUUGGAAUAAAUAGUACUGAAGCAAAGUCGUAAUCGAGAUCAAAAUAUCCCUUCGUUCCCUGUAGUGACGUUGUGAUAACUUUUGGUUUCACAUUCGUCAUUCCCUUAGGUUCUCGGAGGUCACGUGAUACCUGGGUACUAUAUAAGCCGAGACAAUCAGGAUUGACGGCCGGGGUGAAAGGUAGACAGGAAAGCAUACAAUGGCGUAGCUUCCAUUGAGGCAAACGAGGCAGCUGCCUCGGUAAAAAAACAAAACAAAAACCAAACACCUUUUACGUUGUUAAAAUGUCGAUAGCUUCUGACCCCCUGCCUCGGUAAUAUUCGAACCCAAGCUACGACUAUGGCAUAAGGUUUUGUAAGUAUAAACUGAAUAAAGUCUUACGUGCCUGAAAUAGGCUUUCGAAACUUUGAGUAUAUAAAUAUAUACUGUUUAGCUGACUUGUAAACUGAAGUGAAGCUAGAGCGCUUUAGUCCCCGACAUGCGCGUGCAGUUUAGUCCUUGAAAAGCGCAUACGCUUAAGACCCUGAUAAGUGCGUGCGCUACAGAGAAACGAAGUGAUUAUUAUGUAAAUACUUGUAAUUUAAAUCUGUGAUUGAGAAAUAUGUUUUGCUGAUCUAUUCAGGUAGAAUAGCCGAAUCCCAGAACGAACCCAGAAACGUUACAGUACAAAGUUUUUGCAAAUCUUUUCAUGAACCACUAGGCUAUGAUUAGUCAUGAUGAUAGCCAAACAUCCUUAGGCAAUACGCAAGAUCGCGUUUUCUGUCUUGGUUUUAAAUUUUACUUUCCCCUUUCAAAGUCUUGCGAGACUCAGAGUUUGCGAGAAUUUGGGCAUGUUGGUAAAUAAUACCAGUUCUGCAACUUUUGUCGUGAUCGAUUCACCCGAUUUUAACAAUGGCGCACUGUCAUUGCAUUGCAGUAGACUGUAGUUAAUGAUUCAAGAAAGAAAUAUAAUACGCAGAAAUAUCCACAACUGAUAUAUUCUAAUGGAAAUGUGGAUUUUUUCCCACUGCUGUCAGCCAGGAAAUUCCCAAAGCUGAGAAGAGCUUGCGUCAAAAUAUAUAGCUUCGCGAGCUAAAUUCAGAAGUUCAUUUUUCCUGUAUCUAGACGCUUUUACACACCCUUCAUCUAAAAAUGCUUUUAAUUGUGGAAAGCACGUGGAGGUUAAAUCGUCUUCCGAUGCCAUGUUUUGAAUAAACAAAAAAUGCCCAAGGUCGACACGCUUUUCCGGACUUCUUUACAAGAGAGUUCCACUAACUCGGUAUUUACAUCUUGCGUAUUCAGAUUUCAGUUUAUUCAAAUCAUGGCCCUGGAAGUUGGGGAUCAGAUUUUUACACUGAAAUAUAUGGGAUACAUGUACAUUUGUAUAUAUAUUUAUAUCUUUUUCUCAAGACCAGCAUGCAGGGAUAUUUUCAUGAAAUAGAAGUUUUAUCCAAAUCUGAGACUAUGGGUGCCUUUCAGAAUGUUUUUGAUCUGUACAGAGAAUUGCUCUUAAUAUGCACAUCCUCAGGUACUGCAUAUUCAAGUACCUUAAAAUCAUUGGGGGGAGGGGGGCCUCAAUAAAGGAUCUCAGUUUUAUAUAACAAUUAGAUACAGGAAAAAAUAUUCUCAAGAGCAACACAGGCAGGAUUAGUCACAUCAAUAAUUGCAAGUUUGAUCAAAUCAAUGCCCUAGGGGUAGGUUUGGGCCACAGUUUUACCCUGUUUGGUUAGGGUGGGGUAAUAAAAUGGGGUCAAAAGUUUGCAUGGGAAUGAGAAUGGUGAAAAUCUUUUUUGAUGAAGAAUAGCAGGGCCAAGGUGACUCAGGUGAGCAUAGUGGCCCAUGGGCCUCGUUUCAUUCUCAGUGUAACUUGUCUGAUCAAAUAAAUCACAGAAAUUCACUGUAUGUUUAUUGAACUAUAUGGAAUGUUUUUGACGCUUAAGGCUGAUCAAAUCAUUUGAUCACCACUGAACCAUAGGCUACCUAAACAAAUGAUUAAUAAAAAAAAAUGUGAAACUG